AUGCCAGCCUUACAGGUGGACAAGCGGCACAUGGGAACAGAUGUUGUCAUCUUGAAAAACGGAAGAAGAAUCUGUGGCACCAGAGGUUGUUUAGCCAGUGCACCCUUACAUCAGAACAAAAGCUACUUUGAGUUCAAACUCCAGUCUACUAGAACCUGGGGUAUAGGUGUUGCAAUUCAGAAAGUUAACUUGAACCAGGUUCCUCUUGGCCGCAACAUGCAUAGCCUGGUGAUAAGAAAUGACAGAGCCCUGUACCACAACAAUGAAGAGAAAAGCAGGCUGCCAGCAAACAGCCUUCCUCAGGAGGGCAAUGUAGCGGGUAUAACAUAUGACCAGGUAGAAUUAAAUGUAUAUUUGAGUGGGAAAAACAUGCAUCGUCCGGCAUCAGGUAUACGAGGGACAGUGUAUCCAGUUGUAUAUGUUGACAACAGUGCAAUACUGUCAGUCAGUGAAUUUUAUCAUACUCCUCCACCUGGUUUUGAAAUAAUACUAUUUGAGUAG